AUGCGGUUAGUUUUAUUUGUAUUUCUAAUCGAGCUGCAAGCAUCAGCGGCCGGUAAGAAGUAUGGAAUGAUAGGAGGGCCAGACAAUCCCAUGUGUUUCGCUUCCGAACCUACCGCAGUACUGACCAACAUACGAUCCCUACUGGAAUGUUCUACCAAAUGUUCUCAUUAUGUUUCUCCCACUGAUGAUAGAAUCACUUGCAACGCAUUCAACUACAUAUCCAACAAUGCUAGUCAUCCAGCCAAAUAUUGCCAACUGUUUCAGUCCAUUGGCGAUACUCAAUGUAAAAUUGAUCUAAACAGAACUCACUGCACAGGAUAUUUGGAGGUUGCGGUCAAAGAAGCACUAUCUCUUAAUUAUACCACGACCUUAAGCAAAUCCUGCAACUUUCCAUUCACCCUCAACGGUGGAUUAUUCUACUCUUGUUCCAACUCACUACCUGGCAUCAGCAAUCCUUGUGCUCUCUACAUGUGUCUCACUGGUAGCAGGCAGUUGUCCAUCUGUCUUGAUCCGCAAACCUAUGAUGGUGUCAACAAAACACUUCUGUUGAACAUUCCAACGUUUGCUAACUCAACUCCUGUUACGUCUGUUAAUGGAUGGAUUGUCAUUCAGCAGAGGAUUGAUGGCUCGGAAAAUUUCAACCAAAGUUGGACCGCUUACAAGUCAGGUUUUGGUACUUACUAUCAAAACUUCUGGUUGGGCUUGGAGAAGAUGCACCAAUUAGCCACGUCGGCUCAUUACAGGUUGAGAUUUGAAGUUUUUCUCAAUGGUUCUUGGUACUCUGAUGAAUAUGAUCAUUUCAUGAUUAAUUCAGAGGUUGAAAAGUAUUCUCUCAACGUUUCUGGAUACAGUGGAGAUAAGAGAGACAUUUUGAACUGUCCGUCAGUUAGCAAUUUGGUCCAAAAUGGCAUGAAGUUCUCAACUCCUGACCAGGACAACGAUCUAACAGACAUUAGAAAUUGUGCUGUGGUCUAUUCAUCUGGGAAUUGGUUCAAUGACUGUGGCUACCAGCAUGUGAACGACAUUUUCGGUUCAAAUCAGUUCACCUAUGCGUCAUCUAAAAUUAUUUUCUGCAGAAUGAUGAUUAAGCGCAAGCUGUAA